CGAUAGUGACGGUGCAAGCCCAGAAUAUUCUGACAAAGGAAGACGAAGAUAAUGUGAAAUAGGGAUUGAGGGUGGAGGGUAUCUUUGAGAAAGUAGAACCACCCGAGGAAAUUUGUAGCUUAUAAGGGGAGGGGGGAGAGAUGGUAUGAUGUAUUGUUCCAGGAGCUACUCGUGUGACCACAAGAGAAGAUGCAAUGUAUUAAUGACUCAUUUGGUUCUGACACACUGGGCAAGUCGAGUUGGGGGAGCAUUUUCUAUGUAGAAGCCUCUCCUUUGUUGCUAAACCGUUCUUGGAGGCUGGAGCAUCUUCAGAUGAAAACCUCAAGCUUAGGUGGU